AUGAUGUGGGCGAAGAGGAUAAAAUUCACUUUAGGGUGUGACAGAAAAGGCACGACGUUGAACAGAAUCAUGUAUGCAAUGAGAACCAUACACAUUGAAGUGCACAAAUUUGAAAAAGUGUCUAGUAACCUCAUACAGUGUAUUGAACAAUAUAAAAAAGAGAAACAAAUUUGUAUAUCGUCUUACAAAAAUUAUAAAAAGGAGAUUAAAGAAUGUGCACAUGAAUUAUUUACUGAUGACAUAUUAUCUACUUUAAAAAACAAAGAUUUUAAAAUUAUUUUUACCUACAGCAUUUUGCUAUCAAAAAGGGUGCCCUUAAAAAAGGAGACUUUAAAAAUGGUAGUGCUGUCCUAUGUGCAGUUGCUCAACGGAGAAGAGAAAAAGGAAGGAAGGAAAGAACAUACAAAUGAACAUAAUGAUGUAGAUAUACCUCCCCUACUUCUAACACUUAAGUACCUUAUCUACCUCAAUGUAGAUCAUGACAAAAUUAUUUAUAAUUAUAUUUACUCUGAGUUAAAUAAUCUUAUAGAAGAGUACACCCUGGAGGAACUUGUUGAAACGGUCAAAUUGAUCUCGUCCUUUAAGGAUAAAAAAUGGAUCAACCAGAAGGUAUUUUCCCGAUGCAUAAAUGAGAUUGUUAAAAGAAGCAAUCAAAUGGAGGAGGAGGACAUGUCCAAUUAUUUAGUCACCAUUAUUAAAUCCUGUUCUCGCCUCAACUGCGAAAUUGCAGACAUCCACAUGCUGCUAGAAAUGCUUCGAGAAAAUUAUGAAAAAAAAGAAAAAAAAAAUUUGCACACACUAAUUAAAGUCAUAUACAAUUUAUUUCUUUGUAAUUAUCACAACUACAAAAAUGUCAACAAGCUAAUUGAUUUACUAAAAGUUGAACUUAUGGGCAUUAGGAAGGAGGAGGAAUACCCUACGUAUAAAAAAUACAACUACAAUAAUAAUGUCGUGCUGGACACGAACCACGAUUUUGGAGGACAAGACAGUAGGAACAACACCUCCAAUGCCGCCAUCUGCAACGACAACAUCAGCAACAUUCAUCAGAUUUACUUCAACACGAAGGAAAAUCAGCACAUGAUGUAUGGGGGCCCAUCUGCACCAAUCCCCUCAGUCAGUUUGUACCGUCUCAAAUUCCUGGACCUCCUCAUCCGAUCGGACAAUUUCCUAUACAACAGCGUCUACAGCCCGAAUUCGCACUUUUUCGAUUUUGUGAAGCAGCUGCGGGUGGAAGGCAAGGAUCCACGGGAGACCAUUUUUACAAAACAAGCCACAUUUUUUGUCAAGGAGAGCGGAUUCAAACUAGCGCGUAAGCUCGUCCACAUCUACCCCAUCACGCACCUGCCGGAGUUCCAAAACGUGUACGUCGAAUUUGUGCACAACAGGAGCAUCAACAGGAACAUGAAGGACAACCCUCACAAAUUCCACCGGCACCAUCUAAACCACAGGAUUCGCAACCUGAAGUUUUUGGGAUGGAACCCCAUCGUGCUGUACGAAUACGAGUGGAAGAAGCUUAGGUAUGUUACAAAAAACAUUAAAAAAGUUUACUGCAAUAUUAAAAAGUUCAUAAAAAACAAAAAAAGGGGCGAUGGGAAGGAUUUAUAA